AGUUUUUCUGUCGCCGCUCCAUUUGCGCUGAUUGUCCACCUAACCUCAUCACAAGGAGAAUAAAAAUGACAGCUCUCAAUCAAAUUGUAACGCUGUACCAAAAUUUGAAGCAGGAGUGGACAAAGACGCCUUGCAAUCUUAAGAAAUGUGGAGAAUUACUCAAUCAAUUGAAGGUGGGCCUUACUCAUUUAAUGUUUCUACCAACAUCAAACAAUUUGGCAUCACAAAAGGAACUUCUCAUUGCAAGAGACAUCCUGGAGAUCGGAGCCCAAUGGAGCAUCGCAGCGGAAGACAUUCCCUCCUUCGAGCGUUACAUGGCCCAAUUAAAAUGCUACUACUUUGACUACAAAUCAUCCCUUCCUGAGUCGGCCUACAAGUAUCAACUUUUGGGUUUGAACCUCUUGUUUCUACUCUCUCAGAAUAGAGUAGCAGAGUUUCACACAGAAUUGGAACUCCUACCCUCCGAUCAGAUCCAAUCGAAUGUCUACAUCAGACAUCCUCUGAGUCUGGAGCAGUGUCUCAUGGAGGGAUCCUACAAUAAGAUCUUCUUAGCUAAGGGCAACGUUCCGGCAGCGUCCUAUACAUUUUUCAUAGAUAUUCUUCUCAAUACUGUACGCGAUGAAAUUGGUGCUUGUAUGGAAAGUGCUUACGACAAGGUCUCACUCAAGGAUGCAGCAAGAAUGCUUAAUCUUAAUUCAGAGCAGGACACUCUAGCGUUCGCCAAUAAAAAACAGUGGAAGCUCGCCAAAGACGGGUACUUCUACUUUGGUCCAACUCAUGAGAAGAAGACGGAGGAUCCCAUACCAUCAGCCGAUCUCGUCACCCUUGCAAUUGAUUAUGCCAGGGAACUCGAGAUGAUUGUAUAAUUAUUUUUUGACUCAUGUCUUAUCCUUUAUUUCUACGGUUUCGUUUUUUCCUGUAAGCUCGUAACAGAAUAAAAUUUCUAAUAACUCAAAA